ACUCACACACCACGCGCAUAAACUCAAAACACAUUCUCGUCAUAAAACACAGUCCUACGUGGCAUUUUCCAUCUCCUUCAAUUCUCUCUCUCAACAAUGGCAACAGGGUUGCUGAAGAGGGCGGCGAGUAGGGUUCCAUCGUCGCCGGCGUGGAAUCUGGCCCUUCUCCGGGCCCACGCAUCGGAAGCCCAAGCCCAGAAGGUGGAGACCAAGGCCAGCGACACAACCGCCACGAAGACGUUCCAAAUCUACCGUUGGAACCCGGACAAGCCGUCGAAGCCCGAGCUGAAAGAAUACCAGAUCAACCUGAAGGAGUGCGGGCCCAUGGUCCUCGACGCCCUAAUCAAAAUCAAGAACGAGAUCGACCCGGGCCUGACUUUCCGGCGCUCGUGCCGCGAGGGGAUCUGCGGUUCGUGCGCGAUGAACAUCGACGGUUGUAACGGCCUGGCGUGCCUGACGAAGAUCCAAUCGGAGGGGUCGCCGACGACGAUAACGCCGCUGCCGCACAUGUUCGUGAUAAAGGACCUUGUUGUUGACAUGACGAACUUCUACAACCAGUACAAGAGCAUCGAGCCAUGGCUGAAGCGGAAGAACCCUCCAACGGUUCCAGGGAAGGAGAUCCUUCAGAGCAAGAAGGAUCGUGCCAAGCUUGAUGGGAUGUACGAGUGCAUUCUCUGCGCCUGCUGUAGCACAUCCUGCCCCAGUUAUUGGUGGAACCCUGAGUCUUAUCUUGGACCCGCCGCUUUGCUCCACGCUAAUAGGUGGAUAAGCGACAGUCGUGAUGAGUACACUAAGGAGAGAUUGGAGGCCAUUAAUGAUGAAUUCAAGCUCUAUCGCUGCCACACCAUAUUGAAUUGUGCUCGUGCCUGCCCAAAGGGGUUGAACCCUGGAAAGCAAAUCUCACAUAUCAAGUCGCUUCAGCCUAAAGCUUGAAGUUCUGUUGUUUGAAGCGUGAUGAUGUUUGCACUGAUAAUUUAUGUUGGGAUUUUUUUUCUUCAAAUAUGGGGAUAAUUUAGCUAUAUUCUUAAUAAAACCUGAGCCCCUUUUGUAAAACAUGGGUUUUAAGUCUAUAUUGCCUUUUGUUUUUUGAAAUAAUGCUAAUAGUUAUAUUGCCUUCUAUUUUUGAAAUAAAUGCUAAUAUUGACUUGUAAAAAUAUUAAUUUGAAUGAUUUACGAGUAGCAUAACUUAUUUACAUUCAUAUG